AAAGUUCAGUGCGCAUCCAAGCUUGAAGGCGUCAUAUGUGACAGCAAAGGAUAGCAGCAGAAAAACCAGUAAUAUAUGAAACACAUCACUUCUAAAAAGUAAGAACUGUGAUGGCAUCUGCCACUAUAAGACUGUUGGUGGCAACAUUCGCCCUACUACAUUCCAGUGAAGCACAUCUAUUCCGAACAAAGCAGAUUUCGCUUUAUGAACCUCAUGUCACCAGCAGCAAAAAUUUGGCUACCAGUGAAUUUGAUGUGCGACCCAACCGACUCUUGAGCAGAAUACUGCAAGCCAGUGUCAGGAAAAAUGUCAGAGAUGUCAGCAGCGCCACAAGUUUCUUACACCUUAGUCCUUUUUGGAGUUCUUUACAGUCAUUGACACACGGUGGAAAUACUAUACGCAGAGCAAGAGCUACUAACGGACGAAAUAAAGUUCAGAUAUUCGUUAUACCUUCGGUGGCUCCAGAUGCUGAUUUAGGAAUCACAGAUUCAACAACACAACUUCCAACAACUUUAGCACCAACGACUGUAUCACCAACAGAUUCAACGACUCAACCAACAACACAGCAUACCUCAACUUUAGCACCAACGACUGUAUCACCAACAGAUCCAACGACUCAACCAACAACACAGCCCACAACAACUUUAGCACCAACGACUGUAUCACCAACAGAUCCAACGACUGUACCAACAACACAGCCCACAACAACUUCAGCACCAACGACUGUAGCACCAACAGAUCCAACGACUGUACCAACAACACAGCCCACAACAACUUCAGCACCAACGACUGUAGCACCAACAGAUCCAACGACUCAACCAACAACACAGUCUACCACAACUGUAGAACCAACGACUGUAUCACCAACAGAUCCAACGACUCAACCAACAACACAGCCCACAACAACUUUAGCACCAACGACUGUAUCACCAACAGAUCCAACGACUCAACCAACAACACAGCCCACAACAACUUUAGCACCAACGACUGUAUCACCAACAGAUCCAACGACUGUACCAACAACACAGCCCACAACAACUUUAGCACCAACGACUGUAUCACCAACAGAUCCAACGACUCAACCAACAACACAGCCCACAACAACUUUAGCACCAACGACUGUAUCACCAACAGAUCCAACGACUGUAUCAACAACACAGCCCACAACAACUUUAGCCCCCACAACUGUAUCACCAACAGAUCCAACAACUGUACCAACAACACAGCUCACAACAACUCUAGCACCAACGACCCCACCAACAGAUCCCACAACAGUGCCAACAACUCAACCUACAGUAACAGCGGGUAUAUUUGUAGACGAUUUGAAAACAACACUAACUACGACGAAGCCAACAACAGUGCCUCUAAUUAUUGUUACAACAUUGCCGCCAACUUUACCUGAUACCCCCGCUCCAAGUUCUCCCAUAUGCCCACCACCAGCAUGUAAUUGUUGCAACUUUCCGGCAACGACACCACCUUGCUUACCUAAUCCACCAACUACUCAGCAGAACUGUCCUCCAUACUAUCCAAGUAUGCCAUAUAUGCCAUUCCCACCAUUCCCAUAUUCGUUUCCUAUUCCUUUGGCCGCUCAAAGUCAGAAUUGUGGACUUCAAGCAGGUAUGAUAUCAGCGCAAUCAAUUCUUUCACCGCCACAACCAACUGCACCAUUUUUCUUUGCCUCCGCACCGAUUAUGAUGCCGAUACAACCAAAUAUUUUACCGCAACAAGCAGCUUCACCAUUUUCCUUUGGUUCCAUGCCUAGCAUAAUACCCGUGCAAUCAAACAUUUUACCGCAACAAGCAGCUUUACCAUUUUCGUUUGGAUCUGUGCCUAGUCUCAUGCCCGCGCAAACAAAUAUUUUACCGUUGCAGCUUCCACAGUUCAGUUUGUUUACCCAGAGAUCUACUUAACAUCACUUUCAUCUAGAAUUUACUAGUAUAACUAUUUAAGUAACCGCAGAGGCCGAAGAGGGAAACUGGUUUUCAACGAUUUAGUGGUCUCAAAUCUACAUAUAUGUGAAGUUAAAUAGCAAUAAAAAAUCUUGUUUAUUGAAGCAAUCAUA